UUCAGUGGACGAGUGGCUGCGCACACAGGAUUGCUCCUAUACGUUUUGAGUCGCUCUCUGUCUCUCUCUGCGAUGAAAUUUUCGCUUUAAACUAGAGUGCCAAAUUCACCCCCAAAAUGACGGUGGAUUUUGAAGAUUGCAUCAAAGACUCACCCCGAUUUAGGGCGAACAUCGAUGAGGUGGAAACUGAAGUAGUGGAGAUCGAAGCUAAGUUAGACAAGCUGGUGAAGCUGUGCAGUGGGAUGAUUGAAGCAGGGAAGGCAUAUGUCAGUGCCAACAAGCUCUUCGUCAACGGCAUCCGAGACCUGUCGCAACAGUGCAAGGAGGACGGAAUGAUAUCGGAAUGUUUGGAGAAGUGUGGAGAGAGUCUGCAGGAAAUAGUGAACUACCACAUGAUCCUGUUUGACCAGGCUCAGAGAUCUGUGAAGCAGCAGCUGCACAACUUUGUCAAAGAGGACGUGCGUAAGUUUAAGGAGACAAAGAAGCACUUUGACAAGGUUCGGGAGGACCUGGAGAUCGCCCAGGUGAAGAAUGCUCAAGCUCCCAGGAACAAAGCACAUGAGGUGGAGGAGGCCACCAGUGCGCUCAGCGUCACACGCAAGUGCUUCCGCCACCUGGCCCUGGACUACGUGCUGCAGAUCAAUGUCCUUCAGGCCAAGAAGAAAUUUGAGAUCCUGGAUGCGAUGCUGUCCUUCAUGAAUGCCCAGUACACACUCUUCCAGAAGGGCUACCACCUCCUGGACGAGAUCGACCCCUACAUGAAGAAGCUGGCCGCUGAGCUGGACCAGCUGGUGAUCGACUCAGCGAUGGAGAAGCGAGAGAUGGAGCACAAACAUGCCACCAUUCAGCAGCGGACCCUCCUACAGGACUUUGCCUACGAUGACUCUAAGGUGGAGUUCAAUGUAGAUGCCCCCAAUGGAGUGGUGAUGGAGGGCUAUCUGUUCAAGAGAGCCAGCAAUGCCUUCAAAACGUGGAACAGACGGUGGUUCUCCAUCCAGAACAGUCAGCUGGUGUAUCAGAAGAAGCUAAAGGACUCUCUGACCGUGGUGGUAGAGGACCUGAGACUGUGUUCUGUCAAGCCGUGUGAGGACAUUGAGAGGAGGUUCUGCUUCGACGUAGUGUCCCCUACCAAGAGCUGCAUGCUACAAGCUGAGUCCGAGAAGCUCCGACAGUCCUGGAUCCAGGCUGUGCAGGCCAGCAUUGCCUCAGCCUACAGAGAAAGUCCAGAUAACUACUACAUCGAGCGCCUGGACCGCACGGCCUCACCCUCCACCAGCAGCAUCGACUCGGCGAGCGAGCCACGCGAGCGCAGUGCCAGGCCCGACAGCGUGCCACAGCGGGUGCAGGGGUUGCCGGGCAACGAACUGUGCUGCGACUGUGGCCAGGCAGACCCGCGCUGGGCCAGCAUCAACCUGGGCAUCCUACUGUGCAUCGAGUGCUCGGGCAUCCACAGGAGUUUGGGGGUGCACUGCUCAAAGGUCCGCUCUCUAACUCUGGACUCGUGGGAACCCGAGCUACUGAAGCUGAUGUGUGAGCUGGGGAACGGCGUCAUCAACCACAUCUACGAGGGAACGUGUGAGGAGCAGGGCCUGAAGAAACCAGGUCCCAAUAGUCCAAGGCAAGAGAAGGAGGCCUGGAUCAAGGCCAAGUACGUGGAGAAGAAGUUCCUGAAGAAGAUGGCAACCGGGGAGGCACUAGCGAAUGGCGACAGGAAGCCAGAGAGCCACUGGAGCGCCAAGAAAUGCCAGCGGCACAAUAGCGCCAUCACCGCGCCCAAAGGCCAGAGGAAGUGCAGGCAGGAGGCCGUCUUGGCCUCCAACACCACCCUCUCCUCAGCCGCCGCUGCCCUGGAGAGAAAGUUCCGGCGAGACUCGCUGUUCUGCCCAGAUGAGCUGGACUCUCUCUUCUCGUACUUUGACACUGGCUCAGGGCCCCGCAGCCCCACAGGUCUCAGCAGCGACAGUGGCCUUGGUGGCAGCACGGAUGGCAGCACAGAUGUCCUGCUCUUCGGCCCCGUGGUGGACAGCGUGACUGAGGAAGAGUGUGAGGUGUCGGAGGACUCAAGUGGCGAGGCCGAGCUGGAGCCGGAGGCGUCAGACCCUGAAGAUGGGCGCGAGCUCCACCCGGGGUCGCUGCUCUACAAGGCGUGCCGUGCACGCAACCUGCCCGCCAUGGCUGAAGCGCUUGCACUCGGCGCCGACGUCAACUCCGCCAAUGAGGAGGACGAGGGAAAGAGCCCACUCAUCCAGGCUGUGACGGGAGGCUCUUUGAUAGCUUGUGAGUUUCUCCUGCAAAACGGCGCCGACGUCAACCAAAGAGACUCGAGAGGAAGAGGACCUCUGCACCAUGCCACGUACUUAGGACAUACAGGGCAGGUGUGCUUGUUCCUGAAGCGAGGAGCCACACAGACGGGUGGCGAUGAUGAAGGCCAGGACCCUCUCAGCAUAGCAGUGCAGGCUGCCAACGCCGACAUCGUCACCCUGCUGCGUCUGGCUCGGAUGAACGAGGAGAUGAGGGAGUCGGAGGGGCCGUUCGGACAGCCAGGUGACACCACCUACCUGGACAUCUUCCGCGAGUUUUCCCACAUGGCAUCUCACAAUCCCGAAAAGCUAAAGCGGAGAAGCCUUCACUUCCGCCACUCCUUCAGAGUUUGAUAGAUGCACCCUUGUGGACCAGAAAGUGCAUAAGGAAUUUGGAAUGGACACUGUGUAGGCUAGAAUGUUUACAGAUAUGUGUGUGUGUGUGUGUAUAUAUAUAUAUAUAUAUAU